CUCAUAUUCCUCCUCCCACCACGGCGAGCUACGCACCAUCACACGCCAUGGCGAAGCCUUACGUGCCCCAUGACGUCCUUGACGAGACGGCCAAGACCUCAUUAGUCGGCCUGGGAAGCGGCUUCUUCAUUGCGGCCGUCCAGAAUGCCAUGUCGAGGCGCAACGUCGGCGCUUUGAGCGUCUUUACGCGGGGAGCUCCCAUUAUUGGCAUUUGCGCUGCGGGUCCCGGUGCCUAUGCUUUCUUCUCCCGAACGAUGAUGAACCUGCGCGAGAAGGAGGAUGCCUGGGCCGCCGCCUUUGGAGGUUUCAUGUGCGGCAGUGUUCUCGGACUUCCCUUCAAGCGUACUCCCGUCAUGUUUGCCCUUGGUGCCUUUGUAGGUACCGCUCAGGGUCUUUUCCACGUUAUGGGCAACAAAUUAGACAGCUUCUACAAGGAGGAGGAUGAAUUUGAGCGCAAGGAGAUUGUCCGACGGACGACCCGUCUGCCCCUUGAGCAGACUAUUGCCGAGAUUGGCGAGGGCCGAGGCAUUCGUCCUCCUGGAUAUGAGGAGCGGAGACGAGAGCGUGUUAAGGAGAAGUAUGGCUUCGAGGUUAACCCUGUGAGCGCCACGGCUGAGGGCAGCCAAUAAAACUGAAAAAGAAACACCAAGAAUAAAGCCAGUUGCCAGAGACUGAGGGGAGUCCAUGGCAACUUGUAUAUAUAAAUGCAUCGCAUUCCAGUGCGGAAGAGAUGCGAUGCUAGAUAAUUCGAUCUUUUUUUUUUUUGCUUUUGCUGCCAUGCCACCUUUGCCAUUACCAAUUUGUUGGUUUGCGUGUUUUCGCGUCUGGGCUUUUGGUGUGUUGUGAAAAGCUUGAAAAGGUACGUUGUAUUGCUCUCUCUAUGCGUUUUGCUUUUCUAGUUUCCAUGAUGAAAUCUUUUUCAGAGGUUGUUUAUGAUAUCACUGAUUACAUUAAUCACCAUAUCUACAUUGUUUCGACUGAUGGACUCCCCUUUACCGAUUUUUCUACUUAAUACUGGCUGUCUAUUUAGAAUAAAGCACUGACAUACCAAAAGCAUAUCUAGGUAUUAAAUUGUUCUCAUGACAAGCAAACACAUUUUGUUAGUGGUACGUUUUACACUCGCCAAUUCGUGUUCUUUUGUUUUCCCGUUCUCCAUGAUGAUUACUUUUUUCAGAGGUUGUUUAUGAUAUAACUGAUUACAUUUAUCACCAUUUCUACAUUGUUUUCCCUGAUGGACUCUCCUUUUUCAUUCCUUGUUAUUUUACAUUGGCUACCUGUCAAGGAUGCAACGCUGACAUACCGAAAGCACAGAUUCUAAAGACCUUCAGUGACGAGCAAACAAUUAAUCGUUAAUGCAUAGGUUGUAAACCCUCAAUUUAAAUACAUGAAGAACGAAAUCGCAAUGACAAUGGUACGUUUGCUUUAUACUCAUGCACCUACUUUCUUUCCUCUUUUU